GUUGAUUUAUUUACCAUUCUAUCCCUAGGAAGUUUCUCUUGUAUUACUGAUAUACAAUACAAAAAAUUUUCUUUAUAUUCUUUCAUGUUUAACAUCUUAAAAAGUAAUUGAGCAGAACAAAUAAAAUGGUUUCAAUAUUGAGUAACAUAGGGAUGAUGGUGGUCACCUUCAAGAGACCAUCAUUAUUUACCUCACUCCGUCGUCGCUCUGCCAACAACAUUAUUAUUACUAAGCACUCACAUCCUAUUUCCACCACAAGGCGUUCAGGGAAUUACAAGCCUACCAUGUGGGAUUUUCAAUUUAUUCAAUCCCUACACAAUCCUUAUGAGGGAGACAAGUAUAUGAAGCGUUUAAACAAACUAAAAAAAGAAGUGAAGAAGAUGAUGAUGACGGUGGAGGGAUCACAUGAUGAAGAGUUAGAGAAGUUGGAGUUGAUUGAUAACUUAGAGAGGCUUGGAGUGAGUUACCACUUUAAAGAUGAAAUUAUGCAAAUUAUGAGGAGCAUUAAUAUUAAUAUUAAUAUAGCCCCACCAGAUUCAUUAUAUACCACAGCUUUGAAAUUUAGACUCUUGAGACAACAUGGUUUUCAUAUCUCACAAGAUAUAUUGAACGAUUUCAAGGAUGAAAAUGGAAAUCUGAAGCAGAGUAUUUGCAAAGACACUAAAGAUAUAUUAAACAGUUCCAAGGACGAGCAUGAUAAUCUUAAGCAGAGUACUUGUAACAACACAAAAGGGUUGUUAAAAUUAUACGAAGCUUCAUUUCUGUCUAUAGAAAAUGAAAGCUUUUUGAGAAAUACCACAAAAUCCACUUUGGCACAUCUAAUGAGAUAUGUUGAUCAAAAUCGUUGUGGAGAAGAGGAUAAUAUGAUAGUGGAAUUAGUGGUACAUGCCUUGGAACUCCCAAGACAUUGGAUGGUGCCAAGAUUAGAGACAAGGUGGUAUAUUAGUAUUUAUGAGAGAAUGUCAAAUGCUAAUCCCCUUUUGCUAGAACUUGCUAAAUUGGACUUCAACAUUGUUCAAGCAACACAUCAACAAGAUUUAAGAAUUUUAUCAAGGUGGUGGAAGAAUACAGGGCUUGCGGAAAAGCUUCCAUUUUCAAGGGAUAUUCUGGUUGAGAAUAUGUUUUGGGCAGUAGGGGCAUUAUUUGAGCCUCAACAUAGCUACUUUCGAAGAUUGAUAACAAAAGUCAUUGUUUUUAUUUCAAUCAUAGAUGACAUUUAUGAUGUUUAUGGCACACUUGAUGAGUUGGAACUCUUCACUCUUGCUAUUCAAAGAUGGGAUACAAAAGCAAUGGAGCAACUUCCAGACUAUAUGAAAGUAUGUUAUCUUGCACUCAUCAAUAUUAUCAAUGAAGUUGCGUAUGAGGUUCUCAAAAAUCAUGACAUCAACGUCCUACCCUACCUUACAAAAUCAUGGGCAGAUUUGUGCAAAUCAUACUUACAAGAAGCAAAAUGGUACCACAAUGGAUACAAGCCAAAUCUGGAAGAAUACAUGGAUAAUGCAAGGAUCUCAAUUGGAGUACCAAUGGUAUUAGUCCACUCAUUGUUCCUAGUCACAAAUCAAAUUACCAAAGAGGCCUUGGAUUCCUUAACCAAUUAUCCUGAUAUUAUUCGAUGGUCUGCUACUAUUUUCCGUUUAAACGAUGAUUUGGGGACAUCUUCGGAUGAACUGAAAAGAGGUGACGUUUCCAAAUCAAUACAAUGUUACAUGAACGAAAAGGGUGCUUCCGAAGAAGAGGCAAUAGAACACAUAGAAUUUUUGAUACAGGAGACAUGGGAAGCAAUGAACACAGCUCAAAGCAAAAAUUCUCCACUUUCUGAAACAUUUAUUGAAGUUGCGAAGAAUAUUACAAAAGCAUCGCAUUUUAUGUAUCUGCAUAGCGAUGUUAAAAGUAGCAUCUCCAAAAUACUUUUUGAGCCUAUCAUUAUUUCUAAUGUUGCAUUCGCUCUCAAGUAAUUUUAUUUUACGUAGGCUUCAUUUUAUUACUUUGAUUUUAUAUAUACGUAUCUCCAUAAAGUCGAAUUUAGAAUCUAAACUUUUAACGAGUUCCAAUGUUUAAUUAUAAAAAACUGAAUUUUCGACUAUAUAAUGUUAAUGUGUUCUUUCUUAUUAAUUGACUUUUAGAUUAUUAUACAUUUGGAUCAACAUGUAAUAUAAAUCAAGAGUUAUUCAUACAAUAUAUUUAAACAGUGAAAAACCGU